AUGGUGAAGAAGAACGAGUCCCUUCAUGAAAAGCCGAUCACCGAAUUCGUGCCGCAGCACAAUGUUGGCGAUGCGGCCGAGCGCGCCCGUCGCAAUCUCAAUGCUAAGCUCUCGAAUCCGCUUGCUGGCUAUAGCCAUGCCGAGCUGCGGAAACAGGGUCGUGUCUUUGCGCUCAAUCAUGAGAUAGGUGAUGAAGAGGACAUUCGUGCCUUUGAAUUGGGCGCGGUGUUGGCCCAAGCUCCAGAGCGCUUUGCGAGUAUAGAGGCCUUGACGGCUCAAGAAAAAGCAAUACUGCUCCACGAGGUCGAGCACCGAUGGUCGCAACCAAAGAAAUUGUAUCUGGUGAUUGUGCUGUGUUCGCUAUCUGCUGCUGUUCAGGGAAUGGACGAAACCACCAUCAACGGCGCCCAACUUUGGUACAAGCAUCAAUUUGGAAUCGCCGAUGACAGUGCUCGAAGUACUUGGAUCUUAGGCCUGAUCACCUCAGCUCCCUAUCUCUGCUGCGCUUUCAUCGGUUGCUGGCUCACAGUCCCAUUCAAUCAAUGGUUCGGCCGACGUGGAACAAUCUUCAUUACAUGUGCCUUUAGUGCCCUGUCCGUUUUUUGGUCCGGCUUCGCAUCAGAGUGGUGGAACCUGUUUCUCUCCCGCUUUGCACUGGGCUUUGGUAUUGGUCCUAAGUCCGCUACUGUUCCUAUUUACGCAGCCGAGACGGUACCACCGUCUAUCCGCGGUGCCCUGGUGAUGCAGUGGCAGAUGUGGACUGCGUUCGGUAUCAUGCUGGGCUAUGUAGCGGAUUUGGCGUUCUAUCAGAUCACUGAUCCUUCCACGAUCGUCGGUCUUAACUGGAGAUUCAUGAUGGGAUCUGCAUUGAUCCCAGCUGUCAUUGUUUUGACUUUUGUUUUCUCAUGCCCCGAGUCCCCGCGUUGGUAUAUGAGCCAGAAUCAGUAUUACCGCGCUUAUGAGUCGAUGUGUUCACUGCGGCAUCAUAAGAUCCAGGCGGCAAGGGACAUGUUCUAUAUGCACACGUUGCUGGAAGCAAAGAAGAGUAUGAAGCUUGGACAGAACAGUAUAAUGGAGCUUAUCAAAGUACCUCGCAAUCGUCGAGCUAUGAUUGCCUCGCAGAUUCUCAUGUUCAUGCAGCAGCUCUGCGGCGUCAAUGUUAUCGCGUACUACUCAUCUGCAAUUUUCAUGGACGCAAAUCUCUCUGCCGUCUCAUCCAUGCUCGUCUCCUUUGGCUGGGGCGUGAUAAACUGGCUCUUCUCAAUUCCGGCAAUCUACACAAUCGACACAUUUGGCCGCCGCAAUCUCCUCCUGGUAACAUUUCCCCUAAUGGCACUAGCAAUGUUCUUCACAGGGUUCAGCUUCUGGAUACCAGAAGACCACAACGCUAGAAUUAUCUGCAUAGUCCUGGGAACUUACCUUUUUGGCAUGGUCUACUCCCCCGGCGCGGGUUCAGUACCAUUCACCUACUCUGCAGAGGCGUAUCCGCUCUAUGUCCGGCCACACGGGAUGGCAUUGGCAACAGCCACGACGUGGUUUUUCAAUUUCAUACUAGGCAUUACAUGGCCAGCCAUGCAGAGUGCGUUUACAGCGGAAGGAGCAUUUACCUUUUAUGCUGGGGGGAAUCUUGUUGGGUGGUGGCUAGUUUUGCUUUUUAUGCCUGAGACGAAGAAUAAGACUCUUGAGGAGUUGGAUCAGGUCUUUUCGGUGCCGACCAAAUUUAAUGUACAGUAUGGAUUGAGGCAGAUACCGUAUUUUAUGAAGAGGUAUGUUUUGCGGCAGGACAUUAAACCGGAGGUUCUGUAUGAGAGGGAGGCCGUGGGUCCAGUGCAGGAGGAUCUGGGAUACAAUGCUUGA